GGGAGGCGCGGAAGUGGCUGCGGCGGUUGGGACGGGGAGGGGGACGCGCCUGGGACCCUCGUGCGGCCGCUGCUGCCUGCAAAGCCGGGGGGGAGGAGGGGGCGCCCCGGCCCUUCCAAGACCGCCCCCCCCCCCAUUGCUUGGAGCAAGUGCGCGGCUGCUUGCGGUGGGGGCCCCCCUGGCGGGCGCGCUGCUUGCUCUCUCUGCCCUGCUGGGACUCCGAAGGGGCCACGGACUGACCAGCAGCCGAGGAGAGCAGCAAGGAAGGCAGGAGCCGGACUCUCCGCCUGUCUCUGCGGCUGCCUGCGAAGGCCGAGCUGGAGGAGGAGGAAGAGGCGAGGGGGUGCGGGCUGGCCGGCCGGCCGGCGGAGCAAGCUGCAGCGGCCCCCUCCCUUCGCUGAGCCGCGCCCCCUCCCGCCGCCGGAGCCUCUCGAGUGAGUGCAACUUUCCCUAAAGAUUCCUGGCCCAGCUCCUCCCCCCCUCCCUCCCCCCCUCUGUCUUUUUCUGUCCCUGCCUGCAACUCGCCACUUCUGCCAACUUUCCUGCUGAACUCUUUCCCGUCGGAAGGUCCCUUUUGGAGAGCCAGGAGGGGAAGGCGGGGCGAGCCCCCAGCCGCCCCGCUGCCGCUGCGAUCGCCAGGGACGGGGCGCCUCCAGGCAGCAGCGGGCAGCAGGGACAUCGAGGCGGCAGCGUCGCUGCGAGCGCUUGCGGGGGCCCGGGGCGCGCCCGAGACGGGCCCUCUAUGCUCUGAGAUGGCCUCGGAGCUGGCCAUGAGCGCGGCGGACUUGCCCACCAGCCCGCUGGCCAUCGAGUACGUCAACGACUUCGACCUGAUGAAGUUCGAGGUGAAGAAGGAGCCGGCCGAGGCCGAGAGGUUCUGCCACCGCCUGCCGCCGCCGGGCUCCCUCUCGUCGACGCCCAUCAGCACGCCCUGCUCCUCGGUGCCUUCUUCGCCCAGCUUCUGCGCGCCCAGCCCCGGCGGGCAGCCCGCGCCCAACCUGGCCCACCCCGCCGGCGGCAACCCUGCGGGCGCGGCCGGCAAGGCCCAGCUGGAGGACCUCUACUGGAUGUCCAACUACCAGCACCACCUCAACCCGGAGGCGCUCAACCUGACGCCGGAGGACGCGGUGGAGGCGCUCAUCGGCACCCCGCACCACCAUCACCACCACCACCACCACCACCAGCCGGGUGGCGGCGGCGGCGGCGGCUACGAGGGGGGCUUCCGCGCGCAGCCCUUCCCCGGCGAGGAGCUGGCGCCGUCGGGGCACCACCACCACCACGCGGCGCACCACCACGCGGCCGGGCACCACCAUCACCACCACCACCACCUGCGCCUGGAGGACCGCUUCUCCGACGACCAGCUGGUCUCCAUGUCGGUGCGCGAGCUGAACCGGCAGCUGCGCGGCUUCAGCAAGGAGGAGGUCAUCCGCCUCAAGCAGAAGCGGCGCACCCUCAAGAACCGCGGCUACGCCCAGUCCUGCCGCUACAAGCGCGUCCAGCAGCGGCACAUCCUGGAGAACGAGAAGUGCCAGCUGCAGAGCCAGGUGGAGCAGCUCAAGCUGGAGGUCUCCCGCCUGGCCAAGGAGCGCGACCUCUACAAGGACAAGUACGAGAAGCUGGCCGGCCGCGCCUUCGCCGCCGUCCCCGCCGCCAGCGCCGCGCCCGCCCCCAGGGACCCCUCGCCGCCCCAGGCCCCCAACGCGGGCAAGCCUUCGGCAGACUUCUUCAUGUGAGCCGCCUGGCCUGCUGCUGGGGAGCAGCCCCUCGCUCCGUGGCGGGGCGCGCAGCUCGUGUAAAUACCAGGCGCGGAGGGGCAGCAGCGGGCGGCGUCCCGAAGAGACUCGUGUGUGUUUGUUUUUCCGGGCGGAGGCUGCCGCCCGCCCCCGCCGCCGCGGCCAGGGCAAAACACAAGAACUGAAGGCAAAAAGUGAAGCUCCGGGGAGGAGAGGGGACCCCCGCCCCCCAGAGCCCGUCUUUCGUGUACAGAAGCAGGCUGCGGCUGCCUCCGCCGUCCCUCCCAAAAGCCAAGCCCGGGGCGGCGGCAGCAGCAGCAGCAGCAAAGCCAGCCUCUCCUCGCCGCAGCCAGGCCGCCCGUCAGAAGCCGCGAGGCGCGCUGCCAGGACUGCAGCCGGCGGGCGAAGUCUGAACUUCUGGGACGGACAGACACGCGAGCGCAAGGCGUCGGGCGCAGUAAGGGAAGGCACACGGCGGAGGAGGCGCCGGGGCGGGCCGGUGGGCGAGCCCGCCUGGCCCGACGUGAAGCCAGCGCAGCGGCCAGAGCGCCUGGGACGAGCCCGGGCAGAAGCCUCGCUGGGUCUUGCGCCUCUGGAGAGGGACUGGGGCGAGCCGUGCCGGGGCCCCCUCCUCAGCAUUCCUGCAUGCCGGACAUGUUGAUAAUUUCUUUAACUGGCUUCCAUUUAAGUAAUUGCCAGCUGGGAUAACAGAAAGAAAAUUGGAUAUCCUUAGAACAGUGGCUUGUGAGUAAGCUGGAUUGAAUUCAGUGUGGAGAAAUCAUUUUACUCUGAGUAAACCAGAACACGUACUGACGUACAUACUGAGUCAAUGUUCAUCAGAAUGGGAUAUCUGCCGUCCACAGCUUCAUCUUUAGCCUUGGUCUGCUUGUAAUUGUCGACUGGAUAAAAUGAAGACCCUGAUAGUUAAUGGAGUUUCAGGAAGAUUGAGAUACCAAACAAUAAAAUAUUAUGCAUAGCAUAA